AUGUACGCCAGCUCCUUCAUCGCUCUCGCCCUCGGCGCUACCGCCGUCUCUGCGGCCGCUUUCCCCAACGUCCAGGCCAGACAGGCGGUAUGCGAUUUAUGCGACUUCGCCAACCUUCCUAGCAGCCUUGACUGCCCGGCAAACGGCGGUGUUCACAUCACCGACAAAGAACUUGCCGCUGCGAUCAAGGCCGCUGACAGGAGUCAACCACCGCGUGAGACUAGUGCAAGCAACCUUGCUACGUCGCACUGCAGCGGAGCAGAAUUCCGUGGCAUUCCUCUCUGGACCUCUGAUCUGCCCAAAGGAGCUGGUGGCGUUUACUAUGCUAUGGCGUCAAACGGUACCUUUUACUUUUGCGGCACAACUUCGGGAAGAGCCCCGAGCGGCUGGCCCGCCAGCUGCACCGAGAACAAAUAA